AUGACCGACCUCCGCGAGCUCGGCGUCGCUGACACAGAGGAUCUCGGCGAUCACGGCGGUGUAGGCGUGACGGAAACCAGCAGCACAGCUCCAGUGGACCUCGGGCUGGCAGCCUCGGGACCGUCACCGCUGAGCUUCAGCCCGCCGCCACUUCCGCUCGAUGAGGAAGACGAGCUACCACCGGGAGCACCUUCCUCGGACCCAUGGACCGCCGAUGAUCUCGCCGCCAUCGCCGCCGCCGAAGCGGCAGAACGUCAGCGCCUCAGCUUUGAGCGCAGUCUCGCUGGUCCAAGUGUCGGCAAAGCUGACGGGUACGCUGAUCAUGUCUCCUGUAAGCUUACACUAGAAAUCAACCGUAUCAUCGCCGAGGCGAGCAAGGGGUCAAAAUUCUACGAGAACCAGGUUCGCAAGGACAAGGAGCUCACUGAGAAGAUUGCGUGGUUCUGUGCGAAGCGAGACGAGCUCCUGCGCGAGACGCCGAGGGAGAAGAUUCUCGCUGAUGCCGAUCGGAUCUUGAUGGAAGUCGAAGCCGACCGCGACCUGAGCCAGACGAUUGUGCACGUCGAUGUUGACGCUUUCUACGCCGCUGUCGAGUGCAAGCGCGACCCGUCGCUGAAGGGGAAGGCUUUCGGUGUCGGGCAGGGCGUCCUGACUACUGCUAGUCUGACGGGCAGCACACCACUGCAUUUUGAUCUUUACACCGAGGCGUCGAGGAAAAUCCGUGAAGUGCUACUGAAGGUGAGUUACGCAAUACUGCACCGAGCUGACAUUCAGUACGACGCGAACCUCAUGAUGGCCGGUCUCGAUGAGGGCAUCACGGGCUACAUCCAGCAGCACGAUGUGACGGCGCUCGAGGCGGUAGAAAAGUUGCGCGCCGAAGUUGAGGCGGCGACGGGCCUCACCAUCUCAGCUGGCAUUGCCCCGAAUCGCAUGCUUGCCAAGCCGAACGGCGUCUUCGAGCUCGAGUUCAACCGCGCCACCAUUGUCAAGUUUAUGCACGAUCUACCAGUUAGAAAGAUUCCGGGCUUCGGCCGUGUCACUGAGCGGUGUCUGGAGGGCUUCGGUGUCGAGCUGACGGGUAGCAAAGCGCACCUCGGCAUCGCGGAUAACUCGGUGCAACCGUACAAGCGGGAGGAGCGGAAAAGCGUCGGCGUCGAGCGCACGUUCCGGGACAAGUGGGAGGAUGAGGACAUUCUCGCUGAGCUCGCAAACAUUGCGGAGGAACUCGAGGACGACCUCAAGCGAUUACAGUACUCUGGCAAGACGGUCACGGUCAAGUACAAGCUGCACACGUACGAAUCCAAGUCGCGCGCCCAGUCUGUCAAAAAGUACAUCAACACGAAGGACGAUAUCCUUCCAGAACUCCCAGUCCGCAUCCGCCUGCUCGGUAUUCGCCUGUCGAACUUGAAAGACUUAACCGUGCCAGAAACGGGCAUCAAGGAGUUCUUUGCCAAAUCUGCCUCAUCUAGUCCGAAGAAGACCAAGCCAGCCACAAAGUCACCGGAGCUAGACCUGAGUCAGAUCGACGAGGCGGUCGAAGCCUCCUCCUCGGCUCCCGAGACAUCAGCGCCAGGCGUCCCAGGAGAAGCUCUCGACACGGACCCGAGUCCGUCCAACCCCGGCCCGCUGUGUCCGAUCUGCCAGCGCGCCCUGGGUCCAGAAACGACCAACGCGCAGCUGAACGAGCACAUCGACCUGUGUCUGAAUCGCGGCGUUGAGGGCAUUGAGACCUCGCCUGUGAAGCGGAAGGAGCCGACGUCGACGCAGGGAACGCAAGGGACGCAGGCAACGCAGGGCAGGCGGAAGAAGAAGCGCAAGGAGGGACCUACGGUCCUCGACUGGCUGAAGCGCGGUUAG